UCUGAGCGGCGUGACGUCGUGAUGUCGGCGCAGGUCUCGCGGUGUUUGGUGAGCGGAGGGGGGCGGGGUGCAGCAGGAGGGAGCAGAGAUGUUUGGAGGCUUUUUUUUAUAUAAAAUUAUUUAUUUAAAUAAAAAUGGCCGCCGUGCGGAGCGGAGAGGACAGACUGGAGGAGGGUCAAGAGGGGGAGGAGGGACCUGUCUACCCCCAGCCCCCCACCAGAGAGAGAGAAAGGUCCCACACCAAGACCAAGAAGGCCCGCAGGGAGUGUCGCCAUGCCGACAGGGGGGCUGAGACCACAUCGUUAGGCACGCCUUCAACAGCUGGGCUGCAGCCACAGAUGGGUGCGGAGUCACAGACCGAGGUGUUGGAGCCGGUGGCAGGUCCCUCAGAGCCGGGGUCAGCACCAGGGUCCGAAUCUGCGGCUGGCAGUGAAUCUGCAGGUUCUCCGAGGCAGCGGCGCUCUAUCAUCCGGGACCGUGGGCCACUGUACGACGACCCAUCACUGCCUGAUGGCUGGACUCGCAAACUCAAACAGAGGAAGUCUGGACGCUCCGCGGGGAAGUUUGAUGUCUACCUGAUUAACUCAGAGGGAAAAGCAUUUCGCUCCAAAGUGGAACUUAUUGCCUACUUCCAGAAGGUCGGUGAUACUACCACUGACCCCAACGAUUUUGAUUUCACGGUCACCGGUCGUGGAAGCCCCUCCCGCCGCGAGAAACGCCCCCCAAAAAAACCCAAGGUGGUAAAACCGUCGGGACGAGGUCGUGGGCGACCCAAAGGCAGUGGAAAAAUGAGGCAGGCUACAGAGGGUGUGGCCAUGAAGCGUGUGGUUGAAAAAACACCGGGCAAACUGCUGGUCAAGAUGCCCUUCAGUAAGGCAGAGUCCUCUACUGGCACCACCUCCACUGCCUCAAAGGUGGUGUCUCCUGCUAUAGUGCCCAAGUCCCGUCCUGGAAGAAAAAGGAAAUCAGAACAGGAACUUCCACCCCCACCACAGACUGCCCCCAAGAAACGGGGUAGGAAACCUGCCUCAGCUCCAGCAGCAGCAACAGUGGCCAUAGCAUCCACCUCCUCUGUACCCACAGCAGCUAGCUCAACAGCUGGGAGCUACACUGCAGCUGCCAUCUUAGUUGCUGAGGCCAAACGGAGAGCAGCCAAGGAGUCCUCCACCAGACCUGUCGUCCAGGAAACAGCUCUGCCAAUCAAAAAACGCAAAACAAGAGAGACACUGGAGGAGAGGGAGACUGUUCAGACUCCAGUGGCUACGACAACGGAAACUGUAAGGAGGGAUACUACAGAGGGGGAGGGCGGUACAGGAGAAGGGGCUCAAACCUCAGAGACUCAGCCCACCCCCCCUGAGCAGAGCCAGUCACAACUACCGAUGUCAACUGCUUCAGAUGAAAGCCAAUCACAUGGACACAAGACACAUAAAGGGCGGAAGCACAAGGAGAAAACAGGAGCAGCAGCAGGAGAUGAAGGAAGCAGAAAAGAUGAAGUGGGUGAAGAUGUAGGUGAUAAAGGAGGAGAGGGAGCAGGAAGGAGUAGCAGCAGCAGUAGUAGCAUUAGUCCAUCAAAAACCCAUAAAAAGAAGGACCGACCUCACAAACACCACCAUCAUCAUCACCACCAUCAUCAUCAUCGCCACCAACAGUCCUCUGCCUCCACAUUAAAUCAGCCUCCGCCUCCUGCAGCCCCUGGACAUCCAGCACCCUCCAGUCAGUCAAGACCUGAAGUCGAGCCCCAGACUUUGCCUCUUAUCACCACCCAACAAUUGCAGCACACCCAGCAAGCUCCUUCCAGACCACAGUCCAAAUCUUUGCCUCAGGCCUUGCCUGGACCUCAGCAUCCUCCUCCUCAAACACACCACCAAGUCCAACCCUCUCACCAACAAGAUCCUCAGUCACCCAGUAAGCUCCUAGCCCAGCCUCCAUACCCUGCACCCCAGUCAUCUCCUACCAGGCAUGUCCUGCACCAGUCACGGUCCCAACAACCCCCACUUCAAACCCAUAGUCAGCCCCAGGUGUCUCCCAAAAAAGCCCAGUCACAGUCUAGCCACUCCCCAGCCCAGCAACGAACCCAGCUUCAGACUCAGCAACCUCCAACUCAGUCACUCCCUACUCAGUCCUCAUCCAUUCUGCAUGUUCAUCCGCCCCAAACAAGGCAUCCACUUCCAGAAAGUCAGUCCCCAACAGCACCCCAACCUCAAACCCUACCCAGACAACCGUCUCAACCCCAGAACCAGCUCGGACAGCAAUCUCAAUCCCAGUCCCGGCACUCAUUUGAGUCUCAACUUCAACUCCAGUCAAGGACCCCAACCCAACUUCAGACUCAAUCCCAGUCCAGAACCCUAACCCAAAUUCAGACUCAAUCGCAGUCCAGAACCCUAACCCAACUUCAGACUCAAUCCCAGUCCAGAACCCCAACCCAACUUCAGACUCAAUCCCAGUCCAGAACCCCAAUCCAAACUCAGCCUCGACUGCAGCUCAGAAGCCCAACCCUAAUGCAGCCUCAAAUCCAGUCCAGAACCCCAACCCAAACUCAGCCUCAACACCAGUCCCGGACCUCAAUGCAAACACAGUCUCAACACCAGUCCAGGAGCCCCCAAUUUCAAUCUCACCUGCAACCCAGGCAUCAAGAGCAGCCCCAACUGCAGACAAGGCUCCCUUCGCAUGACCAACUCCAGACUCAAUACAGACCACAACCCAGACAGUUUCUCUCGCAGUCUAGGCCAGCCCAGUCCCAAGCACAACCACGCGUUCAGCAGAUUCAAACACAGCAGAAUCCCCAGUCCCACCCUCAGCUCACUAGACCCCAUGUGCAGCACCUCUCCUCCCAGCGUCCAUCUCCCAGCCUAACCAGGACCAACCUGGUUCCUGCUCAACAGAACCAGAGUGAACAGCCCCAAGACCUGAGCACCACACGGCCUGCUCGAGGAAGUCUGCUGCAGAGCCGAGAGGUCAGCAUGGAAGACAUAAGGGCAGAGGGAAGAGUGGAGCCGGCCACGACAUCAGAAAGCAGAGAGGUUGUAGGAGGGGACAGAGGGUCAAACAGCACCUCCAGACCACCCAGCUCCAUGACUGCUGGACCUCCCGGAGUAGCUGGGGCUGUUGUUGUCCCAGGGUCAGAUGGUAGAGCCAGGCUCCAGGCAGAGCCAGAGGCAGCAGGUGAGAGCAGGGAGCUCAGAGACAUUGUCCCUCAGUCCGCAGUCCCAUGCCCUAGCCGGGAGGAAACUGUAGAGUCACGGACUGCCGUCAGCGAAAGAGUCAGCUGAUUGGUCAGGCCGAUGAACAGGCUGACUGAUUAGCAGACUAGUGGACUGUGUCAGCACCAGGAGGAAGAAGAGAUUCAUGGAGGUUGAAUGUUUUUACACUGUUUGCAGAUUGAAGGAUAGCGUCGCACAGAGCUGAUGGAACUGUCGCAGCUUCUGCUCGGUAUGAUCGGAGAUCCGUAUGGAGACAGUAAAGUUCUGGAUUAGAGAACCGACCUGGACAGACGGAGGAGAGAUAGUGUCUUUUUCUAGGAAAAACAAACAAAAAGGAAAAAACGAUAAAAAGUGUGUGUGUAUAGAUAAUCAAAAGGCAGCUGUUGUGUCCCGCUAGUCUCCUUGGGGAGGGGGAAGUAGUUUGGAACUAAAAACCAACGCUUAACAACACAUUACUCUGAACGAAACUUUGCUUCCAGAAUAUAACCAUUUUUUUUAUUUCGUAUUUUGAUAGUUAAUUGUUUUGUCUCUGUUAUACAGCUUUAAACUGAUAUUAUUGACUGACAGUCCCUUAUUUAAAGUCCUGCUAUUGACUGACGGUCCCUUACUGAAACUAGUCCUUGACUGAAAGCCUCAGAGGUGAUGUGGGGCAACGGUUUGCACCUUAAACUGGUUUCUUGAAAUCUCACAUUUGUUUUCCUCCCUGUUUUCCAUUAAUCCCACAAUAAACAAAAAGGGGGGGUUCAGUAAUUUCUUCCAUCCUCAUCCACACUGCCCCCUACAGGUAGCCAGUCUGGUGUACGAGUAUUUAUAAUGAAUUCAUGACUACACAGACCUCAUUCUGAACAGUGUUAGUGAUCAUCGUUUGAAAUAAUUGAGCAACUUGAGGAAUUCUUGAUUCGUCUGAUCAGACACUGAAACAGCCUCAAAUACAGAUGAGUCAGUUGUUUGAUUUAAAGAAGACGUAAAUACUCCUCCGUUGUUUUGCAAGUAUUUCAAACGUUCUUCCAGUUUAGAGAUUCUUCCGAUUUCUGGUCUUCAUUGAAUAUGUUCUGGUCUUUUCAUUUCCAAAGGAAGCGUUUUAAUAUCAAACCAAAUCCACUAUUACAGUAGCUUUAUUUUAGUUUGUAUUCUUAAUGAACGAGUGGGAAAUGGACUCCUCAUUUAUCGUUUCUUUGUGUUGAACAUCUGGAACAGUUUGUACAAUCAACCGUCUGCGUGUCACUCGUAGACUCUGCAGGCCUUCAACUGGAGAAACACGUACGCAGAGGGCGACCUCGCAGAGGUUUGACUGUCGGCCAUGUUGGUGAUGUUGGUGUAAACUAAAGAAAAACCCUGAAGGAGGUGUGACGCAGCUUCACAAAACUACUCAUCGACCAGAAAACUAGCUUUGAGUCUGUAAGUCCAGAUUUGAGAGUGAAUCAGGAUUGUUUGGUGGAGUAUUUAAAACUCCAGUGGCUUUAAAGCUGGUAAACGAUGACACCUCAGCUGUGAGGCAAAUGUUGUUAGCAGUAGACAGAGAAGCAUUAGGAGAGCAUCUGCCUUGACCAGUUGGAGUAAGAUGAGGGAAAUGAGGGAGAGAGGAGAGGUGGGCGAGAGGGGGAGAAAGAAAAAGAGAGAAACCAAUACCCCAACUGAACUUACAGACUCUGUUACCAUUCUUCAUCCCCAGCACUUUAACAAACGCAGCUUCACCCUUAUUAAAUAAAUGUCCCUCGUUCUUUAAAGUCCUCGUUCGCUCACCUUCAUGAUGACAUCAUACAGGUGAUGUUUAUCUUGGCCUGAGGCUCCUCCCCUCUGCAUACGUGGUGCUCCACUGUGUAUGACUCGCUUCACAGGACUCGACCCGGCACAACCACAGUAACCAGCCACCAUGUUGCAUGUUCCAGAGUUUAGUGCCUAUAAUCUUGUGCGUCUUGCCAGAAGCCACCAUGUCAGCGAAGCCAUGUUGUGUUCUUAGACUUUAGUCGUGACGUGAGGUGACGUCAUAGUUGCUGAUGUUGAGGAUGAAUAUUCUGCUUCAGUGGAAACUGUAGAAAAUCUAGUUUUUACCUGUUUUCUUAUUUUUCUUUAACUAAAGCAUUUGUGUCCCUAA